GCGUUCAAGGAAAUUCUGGAGUUUUUCCUUGAUUUGUGAGGGAAUUCUAACUUUAAGUGGGGAGUCCAGACUACUGGAAAUAUACGUAACGAUACCAGGUUCGUUUACAUUGCUAAUGGAUCUGGUGCAGGUUUACUGUCGUUAGCAUUUGCAUGCAACUUUUACAAGGUCUCUGUUUUUAUAUGGACUGCUUGCUCAGUGAUGACUAUGAGUUCUAUGGCUGAUAGCUUGAUCGCCUCAGACCCGUCUAAAUCGGCCUUUUUGGAGUUCGGACACGGACUCUCGUCCCACCAGCAGCAUUCCUCGGGGCUGUCUCACAACCACUACCCCGUGCAUGGCUUGCACUCGAGCGGGCACACGCAGCACGAAGGUUCCUUCCCUCCCAGCGCAACCUCUUACAGCCGCUCGCUGGCUUACCCCUACCCCGGCGCGGUGAACAGUCACCACCCGAGCGCUUACCUCUCCUACCAGCACAACAGCCACAGCAGCACUUUAACACACACAAGGAUAGACGACCCAGAUCUCGAGAAGUCGACGGUGAUCGAGAAUGGCGAGAUCAGACUGAAUGGCAAGGGAAAGAAGAUCCGUAAACCUCGAACGAUCUACUCCAGUUUACAACUUCAGGCUUUGAACCAGAGAUUUCAGCAAACCCAAUACCUGGCAUUGCCAGAGAGGGCUGAUCUGGCGGCUAAAUUGGGACUUACCCAGACCCAGGUUAAGAUUUGGUUUCAAAACAAACGUUCCAAGUACAAGAAGAUCAUGAAGCAUGGCCCAAGUGGACCAGAAGGAGAGCAUCUCCACACCACCUCAUCCAUCUCGCCAUGUUCUCCCAACAUCCCCCAGCUCUGGGACGUCUCCUUGGCCAACAAAGGUGCGCCAAUGCCCGCCAGUAGCUACAUGAACAAUUUUGGACACUGGUACCCAACGCACCAUCAGGACAAUAUGCCAAGGGCUCAAAUGAUGUGAUGUAGACCAUUUCAUUCAAAAAUAAUUUUUAAAAAUAGAAACUUCAGACUUCACAAGGCCUUACGGGACACUACGUGUUAUGUUUUGCUUACCUUUAAAAAAUAUAUUUUAAUCUUGUUUUAUUUUAGUUUUAAGAAUGAAGUGGCCUUGCAAAAAAAUAAGACUUGAUUUUUGUUAUUUUAAAACUUUAUAAACAUUUUUGUCAUGUUUUUUUUUUCAUUGUUAUAAUUAUUGUUAUUGCUAUAUUUUUUAAUAAAUCCCAAGAUUGGAAUACAUAACUUUUUGAUCAGGAGAAAAAAAGGAAAGAAAAAAAAUACUCCCCAUUCAAGUUUUGCCUUUCCUGGGUUUGUAUGCUAUUAAUUAAACAUUGUUAAGGUUAGUUGAAAUAAAAUGCAAAUGUUUUAUUGGUCUUUAUAGAGAGCUUUUGUGUGUGCAGUUUAAAAGCAGCAUGUCUUGAAGUUUGAUAUUGCUAUAAUCCUUUAACUCACACAAAAGAUAAAGUGACUUCAUUGAGGUUUAAAAUAAACAGUUUGUAAUCGAAA